CCGCCCCAGAGCGCAGGUGGCGGCGGUGGCGGCGGCGGUCCCGGUCCCGCUCUCACUCUCGCUCCCGGCGGAGCUCCGCUCCCGGCGCGGCGGCGGCAGGUGUCCACGACAUGCGGCGGCGGUAGGACGCGCGGCGGCGAUGGGCGGCCGGGGGCUGCCGGUGCCGCUGCUGCUGGGGCUGCCGCUGCUGCUGGGGCUGCCGGCGGCGGGGCGCGCCGCUUCCAAGGCGCUGGUGUGCCAGGAGAUCACGGUGCCGAUGUGCAAGGGCAUCGGCUAUAACCUCACCUACAUGCCCAACCAGUUCAACCACGACACGCAGGACGAAGCCGGGCUGGAGGUGCACCAGUUCUGGCCGCUGGUGGAGAUCCAGUGCUCCCCGGACCUGCGCUUCUUCCUCUGCAGCAUGUACACCCCCAUCUGCCUGUCCGACUACACGAAGCCGCUGCCCCCCUGCCGCUCCGUCUGCGAGCGGGCCAAGGCCGGCUGCUCGCCCAUCAUGCAGCAGUACGGCUUUGCCUGGCCCGAGAGGAUGAGCUGCGACCGCCUGCCGGUGCUGGGGGACUCCGAGGUGCUUUGCAUGGGAUACAACCACACGGAAGCCACCACCCUGCCGCCUUUCUUCGGGAAGCCCACGCGUCCUGCCAAGGACUUAGCCAAAAACCUGACGCCGCUCGAUGCGCAGCGCUCCUCGAGACUGGACUGUGGUCAGACUUGYAAGUGCAAAGCGCCCCUGAUCCCCAUCUCCAAGGAGUCCCAUCCGCUGUACAACCGCAUCAGGACUGGGAAGGUACUCAACUGCGCCAUCCCCUGCUACCAGCCCUACUUCACCCAGGAUGAGAAAACCUUCGCUACCUUCUGGAUUGGCCUCUGGUCCAUCCUCUGCUUCCUCUCCACCUCAACCACUGUGGCCACCUUCCUUAUUGACAUGGAGCGCUUCAAGUACCCYGAGCGCCCCAUCAUCUUCCUGUCUGCCUGCUACCUCUUCGUCUCCAUGGGCUACAUUGUGCGGCUGGUGGCAGGGCACGCCAAUGUGGCUUGCAACCCGGAGCACCGCCACAUCCAUUAUGAGACCACAGGCCCUGCCCUCUGCACCGUGGUUUUUCUUCUCCUCUACUUCUUCGGCAUGGCCAGCUCAAUCUGGUGGGUGAUCCUGUCCCUCACCUGGUUCCUGGCAGCUGGCAUGAAGUGGGGCAAUGAGGCCAUCGCUAGCUACUCGCAGUACUUCCACCUGGCUGCCUGGCUCAUCCCCAGCACCAAAUCCAUUGCUGUACUGGCAAUGAGCUCUGUGGACGGUGACCCAGUGGCCGGGGUUUGCUACGUGGGCAACCARAGCCUGGAGAAUCUGCGGGGCUUUGUGCUGGCACCGCUAGUGGUUUAUCUCUUCACCGGCAGCCUCUUCCUGCUGGCUGGCUUCAUCUCGCUCUUUCGCAUCCGCAGCGUGAUCAAGCAGGGCGGCACCAAAACCGACAAGCUGGAGAAGCUAAUGAUCCGCAUCGGCAUCUUCACCGUGCUUUACACAGUGCCUGCCACCAUUGUCAUUGCCUGCUACAUCUAUGAGCAGCACAACCGGGAGGCCUGGGAGCAGGCACACAACUGCUCCUGCCCGGGGAACUCUUACCGCCCCAAGCCCGACUAUGCUGUCUUCAUGCUCAAGUACUUCAUGUGCCUUGUGGUGGGGAUCACCUCCGGCGUUUGGAUCUGGUCUGGCAAGACACUUGAGUCCUGGAGGCGCUUCAGCAGCCGCUGCUGCCGGGCCAGGAAGCCUGCAGGCGCCUCUGUGUACGGACUGCAAGGAUCUGAGGUUGUUCUCAACACCGUUGGACCACUUCAGUCAAAAAGGUUUCCACCUUAWUUUAAAACCAAAGGCUGGGAAGUGAGUGAACACUUGAGUGGCACAUCUCCAGAUAAAGUGCAACUGACUGUGUCAAGAAAUCCAAGAUUAGCUACAAGCCGUUGCCUAUUGAAAAAUGCACGAGCGUUUUCAGCUUUGAUCUAACGGUGGGGUAAUGCAAUCAACUCGUGUGUGAGCCUGGCUUCUCAGCAACAUGUGGCAGGAGCGAGGAAGGAGCCGUUGCCGUGUGCCCUGUCUGCUGUAGCCAAUUUACAUGUUGGGUUUUGCCUCUUCCAUUAUCAAUGGUGUUCAAUGUUGCUUAAAUAACUGUAUUAUAUUUUAUGAAAAGCUGAAGAAAUUUUAUUCAAAGAGAAGUAUCAAGAUUAGUUAUUUAUGAGGAUAAAAAAGCAGUGUGUGUUGUUUUCUUUA